CCACCGUGUAUUUGAAUUGUCAGCUUACCAUCUACCAACCUGAGCAAUCUUAUGGUCAUUUGAAGUUGGGCCGACUGCGGAAGCAUUACAAUCAUGAAGCUGAUAGUCGCUGGAGCUACCGGCUUUGUUGGUAGUGAAGUCCUCUACGCCGCCCUACAACAUCCUUCAGUAACCAGCGUCGUAUCCCUCUCUCGUAGACCCGUUCUCGAUCCCCGCGUCGUCAACCACGCAAAAUGGGAAAGCAUUUUGCUAGAAGACUUUGAGCACUACCCAUCUGAUGCGAUAGCACGGAUGCAAGGCGCAGUGGGAUGCAUCUGGGCCAUCGGGGGCUUAGCUAAUAGAUUCUCCAACUACGAGACACUGCACAAGGCAAACGUGGUAUAUCCAGUGACGGCCGCGCGAAAGUUCGCAGAGACGUUGGCGUCGAAUUUGGGACCUGAACACCGCUUUCGCUUCGUCUAUACAAGUGGAGCGCUUGCUGAACGCGACCAGCAGAAACAACUAUGGACAAUGCGUGACUCCCGCCUCGUAAAGGGUGAAGCUGAGCUCAGCCUGCUCGAUAUUGCCAACUCGAAGACGGACUCUUUCGAGAUGCUGAUUGCCCGCCCAGGGUUCGUGCUAGGUAAAGGAGAUGUUAAGAGCUAUUUGCUAGGGUUUACCGGUCAAACAAGAACCAUCUUGGUGCAUGAUCUAGCCUCUAUCUUGGUCGAUAUGGCGGUCCAUGGUGCAGAAGUUAUUGGUGGACAAGACACGGCGGACAAUUUGACUCUUGUCAAUCGAGCAAAAGAGCUACGAGAAUCUCGAUAAAUCCUACAAAAACACUACAUGUACUAGGAUAUCAGACAUAAUGAAUGACUUCACGGAAAGAGUCAUCUUUCUGAGGUCUACCCGAGAGCUUACCUAGGAAUACCCAAAUACGCCUGUAAGUCUACAUCUCCACAAGAAGGUGUGAGAACCGGGGAGGCCUAUAGAGGCUAAAAAUAUCCUGAAUCCUUCACCCAUCAUGGCAAAGAGAUGGGUCCGAUCUUGGCUCGUACAAAGAGCGCUCGUACGAGGAAGAUCUUACGAAACAGUCGGAUCGAAGCCUCGACGGGAAAUACAAUCAUCAUAGGUGGUUAAGCAUCU